UCGUCUGGUUUCAUCGAUAGUAUGAAAUCAAGGAUGGUCGACUGGUUCAAUCAACUUCACUCAUUUAUGGACAGAAGUUUCUUUAUCAAACGGACUCCAGAAAUUCUGAACUUUGCUCGAGGCCAUGAUGACAUCCAACGAUUUGAACUGAAUCCUUAUUACAGACCAAAGGAAGGAGAGGAUCCUACAACUACUUUGGAGGGACUAUCACCCUCUGAAGACACAACAUUGCUCGUCGAUGGAGGUCUUUUAGUUAACGUACCGACAAAUCCUGUGCUGCGUCCUCAGCGAGCCACGGACAUUUUAUUCGUUUUUGACUUUGCUCAUUCCGGAGAAGAAAUAUCAGAACAUUGGGUACUACAGAAAGCAGUUAAACUGGCACGAAUGGGAGGCCUGAAGUUUCCACCAAUACACAUUGACAAAAUUAAGCAAGAAUCAUGGCGUGAAUUCUAUAUAUUCGAAGAUGCUGACGAUUCAGAAUGCCCAAUAGUUUUCUAUUUUUAUCCAUGUACAGAGAAAUUUAAGAGAUUGAAAACUUAUGAAUCGAGUCGCAAAAAUCGAGAUAAAAAUGUAACAUACUGGGAAGGAUUUACCGAUUUUGACGUCAUGGAUUCAGACACAUAUGGCAUGACAAACUCUGAUUACUCCGAUGUUGAUUUUGAGCGAUUACGAGAACUGAUGUGGUUCAACGUCAUUAUCAAUGUCGAGAUGAUGAAACGUAAAAUAAAAGAUAAGAUCCUCCAAAAACGGACUCUAAAACAGCAGCAGUCUGGUUGAUCUCCCCUUCGUUUCGCUGCAUUCUUUCGCAUAAAACAAUUCGAUGAAUAUAACAUUUUCUGCAGUAACUACAUAUUUGUCGUUUUGAAUGUCAAUUAAUUGAAUCAAUUGUGUAUAUUUGAUUCUAUAAUACUGUAACAACAAAAAAAGUUCCAUUGUGAAUCAGUCUUGGGGAUAUCCAAAUUAGGAAAUUAGAAAGACGAAAUAUUAGACUGUGAAAUACCACAUUACAUAUGUGAUAAAGUUGGACAUAACAAGCCUAAUUUUUCUAACGCAUAAAACAGAGGAUAAGGAUAAGGUAUCAUUUUUAUCCCGGAGGAGUGGAAAGUCGAUGACCCCUGAAUCACGUGGAGUAUCACGGCAUGCCGUCUGGC